GUUUGUAAAUAAGCCGACAAACGUCAUUUACGCUAUUUUUGUUAUUAAAAAUGAAUUGGGACGAAGAUAUCGACUUAUUGGGCGGUAAAAAGUCAGGGGUUAAACAGGGGCGGAGGUCGAGUAAGAAUUUGGCUGAUGAUUUGGGAUCAACAAGUUCAACUCCUAGAGAAGUCCCUAUAAAGACUGGUGUGUGGACUGAUGAGGGGUCAAAAUCAAAUAAGAACAAGGGGUCCAAUAUUAUAGAACAGGAACGUUUUCAAAAGGAGAAAAUAGCAGAUUCUGACGACGAUAUACCCAUUAUACCGGAAAUAGACGAUCUACAAGAUGACCCAUUGAAUUUACCUGAUGUAAGACCAAUGGUUACAGUAAAUAAAUCCACAUAUAAAGAACUAGAUGACCAGUUCGAGAAUAUACAGUCUGAACAGGUGAAUUUUGGAAACUUGGGUGAUAUAGAUUUAUCAUAUUUCACUAGCAAGUUGAAUCCCGAGAAAAAUGUUGAAGAACCAAAUGAAAUUUGGACCAUGGAUUCUUUAUUUGAAGAUUUAGCAAGAACUGCUACUUUUUAGGAAAUUUUGGAUUUUUUAAACCAUGGUUAUG